CAGAUCGCUGGGCUCGCAAACGUUAUUUCGGAUAGUGCGUGGUUGAGUGAAUUAACUGAGCGCGGGGUGCACAAGUACAUCUGCACCAUCCUUGUCGGUCAGCGCCGUGGGAUACAUACUCGCCGACGACGCCUGAUCCGAAGACAGGACCCUGAAGUCGUUUCCUCACCUUCUUCCAUUUUCUCUUCCUCGCCGCCAUGCACAUCUCCCAGAAGCUUGCCCAGGCAAAGGCCGAGGGCAAGCCAACCUUUUCUUUUGAGUUCUUCCCCCCAAAGACAGCCCAGGGUGUCCAAAAUCUCUACGACCGCAUGGACCGCAUGCAUGGCUUCGGUCCACAAUUCAUUGACCUCACCUGGGGAGCUGGCGGUCGCCACUCUAAACUGACCUGCGAAAUGGUCAAAGUCGCCCAGACCGUAUACGGCCUCGAGACAUGCAUGCAUCUCACGUGUACCGACAUGGAGAAGACGAAGCUCGACGAAGCCCUCCGAGACGCCUACCAAUCCGGCUGCACAAAUAUCCUCGCCCUCAGAGGUGACCCGCCGCGUGAGAGAGAAAAGUGGGAGGCUACUGCUGGAGGCUUCCGCUACGCCAAAGACUUGGUCAAAUACAUCAAGGAGAAAUACGGCAACCACUUCGACAUUGGUGUCGCGGGCUACUCAGAAGGCAGUGACGACAAUGACAAUGUCGACGAGCUCAUCGACCACCUCAAGGAGAAGGUUGAUGCUGGCGCCACCUUCAUUGUCACCCAGAUGUUCUACGAUACCGACAUCUUCAUCGACUGGGUGAACAAGGUCCGAGCCAAGGGUGUUGAUGCCGUCAUCAUUCCCGGCAUCAUGCCCAUCCACACGCACGCCUCGUUUUUGCGGAGAGCGCAAUGGACGAGGUGUAACAUUCCUCAGCACUGGACCGAUGCUCUGGAGCCAAUCAAGAAUGACGAUGUCGAAGUUCGUGAGGUUGGAAAGGGUCUUGUUGCCGACAUGUGUCGGAGGCUGAUCGAGGCGGGCAUCACGCAUCUUCACUUCUACACCAUGAACCUCGCGCAAGCCACUCGUAUGGUCCUCGAAGAACUGGAUCUGCUACCCGACCCCGGGUCGCCAUUGGAGAAGCCGCUUCCAUGGCGGCCGUCCCUCGGUCUCAACCGCCGCGACGAGAAUGUCCGCCCAAUUUUCUGGCGCAACCGCAACCGCUCCUAUGUGGCACGUACACAAGACUGGGACGAGUUUCCCAACGGUCGCUGGGGAGAUUCUCGCUCGCCUGCUUUCGGUGAGCUCGACUCUUACGGUAUUGGUCUCAAGGGGACCAACGAGCAGAACAUCAAGCUCUGGGGCACACCACUCUCGAUCAAGGACCUGUCAGAUCUCUUCGUCCGCUACAUGGAAGGAAAGCUUGAAUCUCUGCCAUGGAGUGAGCAGCCCAUUACUGGUGAAGCUACCUCCAUUCGAAACGACCUGAUCGACCUCAACCGUCGUGGUUUCUUGACCAUCAACUCUCAGCCAGCAGUCAAUGGUGCCAAGUCGUCCGACCCCACCUUUGGUUGGGGCCCACGCAACGGCUAUGUCUACCAGAAGGCGUAUCUGGAAGUCCUCGUCUCACCUGAGUACAUUGCCGAAAUCAUCACACGCAUCGAGCGCGACCCAGAGUUCACUUACUAUGCCGUAAACAAGGACGGCGAUCUCAAGACCAAUGCACCAAACGAGGGACCAAACGCCGUGACGUGGGGUGUCUUCCCAGGCAAGGAGAUUGUUCAGCCAACCAUCGUUGAAACUGUCAGCUUCCUCGCCUGGAAGGAUGAGUUUUACCGUCUGGGCCAGCAGUGGGCCAAUUGUCAUGGUGGUGCUAGUCCUUCGAGAUUCGUUAUCCAGGAUGUCGUGGAUACUUGGUACCUUCUCAACAUUGUACAUAACGACUUCCACGCCACACGUGGCAUCUUCCCUAUCUUCGAUGGCCUUCAGGUGAAGGACAUUGACAAAAAGCUUCAUAGCGUCAACAUUGAUCUGCCAGGAGCAGAGGAGACCAACGGAGCUAAUGGUACCAACGGCGCCAACGGCAAAAACAGCGAGACGAAAGAGGCCUACGGAGAGGAGAAGCAGAACCCUGGCCUCCUUGCCGUCGCCAAAGCGGCUGCCAUCGAAGUCACCAACGGCAUCAAGGGCCUCGGCGUCUCCAACUGA